GGAUAUAAAUAACUUUUGUGUUUGCAUAGAACAAAAGUACUUAUUAAUACGUGACGCGUUUUGUCCUUGUAUUGAUUUAAGAGGAUAUGUGAACCAAAGGUAAUGUGUUUACAAAUGGCGAAAUAUAUUUCAUGUGAAGAAAGAAAUUGAAAGGGCAAACAAUAACAAAUACAACAUGGAAAAUUUAUUAUUGAAAGGCCAUGGAUGUAGUAUUGAAUUACGCCGAUGAGUAUGUGCUAACCCCCUACGUGUAUCCAACAUCAUGGUCAGAGGACAACCCUUUUCGACAGAUUUUGAGUUUAUUCCUGGUGACAAAUAUUGGUGGAUAUGUGCUGUACUUCAUUCUGGCUACGCUGAGUUACUGGUUUCUGUUUGAUAAACGACUGCUCAAGCACCCACUUAUACUAAAGAACCAAAUCCGGCGAGAAAUUAUUUACACAUGUCAAUCAAUUCCUGUAAUGAGUGCACCUACAAUCAGUAUUUUUUUCCUAGAAGUUAGAGGAUAUAGCAAGCUGUAUGAUAAUGUUGGCGACACCAGACUGGGUUGGUUCGGGAUUAUCCUCAGUGUUGCAACGUUUAUACUGUUCACAGAUAUGUGUAUAUACUGGAUACACAGAGGACUGCACCACAAACAGGUCUACAAAUACAUACAUAAACCUCACCACAUAUGGAAAGUUCCAACACCAUUUGCAAGUCACGCUUUCCAUCCUGUGGACGGAUUUCUACAAAGUUGUCCAUAUCAUAUAUAUCCAUUUUUGUUUCCACUGCACAAGUUUACAUAUCUUGGACUAUUUGUUUUUGUGAACUUUUGGACCGUAUCAAUACAUGAUGGAUACUAUCGAGUUCCAGACACGUUCAAGCCCAUAGUCAAUGGUUCUGCACACCAUACAGAUCAUCAUCUGUUUUAUAAUUUCAAUUAUGGACAAUUUUUUACAUUGUGGGACAGAAUUGGAAAGACUUUUAGAAAUCCAAGUGCAUUUGAUGGAAAUGGUCCAAUCGUUGAGGCAGUAAAGGCGAUUGGUUUGACUGACGAAAACAAAAACACUACGAAAAACAAGGCUGAUUGAUGAAAUCUACAAAAGUGAUUAUCACACUUUUUAUUUCAGUAUGUGUAUCACUGAAACCGAUUUUCGAUGUUCAUAAAAUUUGUGUAUGUGUUAUAGAAAACAAUAUACCUUAUAAUGUUUAUGAUGUUUAAUUAAAACUUAUAAAAGUACAAAAAUCUUAAAUGUUCAAUGUAAAAAAUACUCUAUGCCUUUCAAUCAGUUAUUUUGUUUAAAUUAUACUUAUUAUUGUUGUUAUUUUUGUCAUGAUUUAAAAAUUUAUUUUGAGUAAUGUUGUGA